AUGAAUAACAUAAACUUUUUCUUAUACGACGGCUCCUUAAUCGGCUCCUAUCGCCAUCACGGGUUCAUACCAUGGGACGACGACGUUGACGUGUUUGUGAACAGCUCCCAGAAGCAUUUAUUAGCGAAAGAGGGCGCGAAACUUCCCGGCUUUCAAGUGUUUACCCCAAAGAAUUUCCAAUGGAAGUUCUUCCACCGGAACCUUUCCACUUCCAUCGGGGAUAAAGAGUUCCGAUGGCCCUACAUUGACAUCUUUUUCUGGGAAGUCUCUUCCACUCACCUAUACGACUACACACGACUUCAAAGGGGUAUGUCAUACGAAAAGGCAAUCGUGUUUCCGCUGCAGUUUCGCCCUUUUGAAGGCGCACUACUGAAGGCUCCAAUCAACACAGAGGCUUUCCUAAAAAAGAAGUAUGAUAUUGCAGAGUGCCAAACGAACACUUAUUCCCAUCGAUACGAACAACCCAACCGUUGGUCUCGCCAAGUUCCAUGCGAAAAACUUGAAAAAUUCUACCCUUUUGUUAAACACGAACGUAAAACACGCUGCGAGGAGCAUUUGAUUGACAAAGGCCAUGUGAUACGGACAUUUACGUUGAAUGAUUGCUAA